UUAUUUUAUUUAUUUUUCCCUAUUUUGUGAGAUCGAGGGCGCGAGCCAGGAGCGACUGGAAUUCCUGUAGAUCUCAGUGAAAUGAAGCUGCUAGGAUGGUGGCUGAUGCUGGUGGGAUCGCUCCGGUUGGCCUCCGUUUGGUUCGGAUUCUUCGACAUAUGGGCGUUGAGGCUCGCCGUCUUCUCCAACACAACCAUGACUGAAGUUCAUGGAAGGACAUUUGGAGUGUGGACUCUCCUAACUUGCACUCUUUGCAUUCUCUGUGCAUUCAACCUUGAGAAUAAGCCCAUUUAUUUGGCGACCUUUUUGUCCUUCAUCUAUGCUUUGGGGCAUUUCUUGACCGAACACUUGAUAUAUCAUACCAUGUCCAUCGCGAAUCUCACGACCGUUGGCAUCUUUGCGGGUACGUCAAUAAUAUGGAUGUUGCUCCAGUGGAAUGCACACCAGAGAAUUCAUCCCAAACAUUCUUGAUGAGGUAGAUGCUUGAUUUGAAUCUGCAGACGAAUUUAUUUUCUUAGUUUCAGGGUGUUGAAUAAACAAAGAACAUUUUCUAUACUAGAUUAGCUUUGGAAACACUGUUGACCUUCAAAACCCUUGUCUUACCUGAUACAAUUUAGCCGCAGCUUUUGUUCAAUGGUAAUGCCCUUUUGCUGAUGCUGACGGGCUUCCAACUAGUACUGAAAAUGGAACUAAUUUAGCUGCCAUCCCGAAGGAACAAACCAUUUGCUUUAUGAGGUUUCUUUAUUGUAGUCUUUAGUUUUAAGAUGGCAUUCCUUUUCUGGAAGGCUGUAUUCUAGCGUUUUAAUGUUUACCGUGAUUAAUGCUCUUGCAAUUUAAUUCCUGUGAAAAAUUUCUGACAUGAUCGAUCCCCUUUGCUUCUGCUA